AUGUCCGCGGUGGGCGGUCGCCCCGUAGCUCUGAUUGACACAUCAUGCUACUCGGCAGAUUGUAGUUUUUCCGCCUUGGUCCCACAACAUGCCAUGAAGCCCUAUCGUCUAUUAGUUGCAAUGGAGCUUAUUAGAACUUUAGGACUUGAUCGUUAUUGUCGAACUGUCGUACCACCCCUUAUUGGAAUCGAACAGCUACAAUCGUAUCACGCAGCAGACUAUAUUUCAAAUCUUGGUCUUCAUAGUAGCAGAAGCUGGCUAUGGAAUACAGAAGUAUCAAAAGUGACUUUUUCAGGGGAUUGUCCUCCUGUUGAAGGGAUACUAGAACAUUCACUUUCUAUUGCAAGUGGUUCACUUAUGGCGGCUAUACUCUUGAACAGCGGGAAGGCGGAUAUUGUUAUUCACUGGGGUGGCGGUAUGCAUCAUGCAAAAUGUGGGGAAUGUUCUGGAUUUUGCUAUGUUAAUGACAUUGUUCUCGCUAUUCUUGAACUACUGAAAUGUCACCAAAGAGUUUUGUACGUGGACCUUGAUAUGCAUCAUGGAGAUGGUGUUGAUGAAGCAUUUUGUCAAAGCAAUAGAGUGUUUACGCUCUCACUUCAUAAAUUUGGUGAAUCCUUUUUUCCUGGUACAGGUCACCCACGUGACAUAGGCUUUGGAAAGGGACGUUAUUGCGCCAUGAAUUUGGCUUUGUGGGAUGGUAUAGAUGAUUUUUUCUACACAACUAUUUUUGAACGUGCGUUGACCUCCAUUGUUCAGCGAUAUUUACCCGAUGUUGUUGUUCUGCAGUGUGGCGCUGAUUCUUUGGCUGGGGAUCGUCUUGGACACUUUAAUCUGUCAUCGUGGGGUCAUGGAAAAUGUGUUGAGGAGGUCAAAAAGCUUGGUUUACCAAUGCUAGUAUUAGGAGGAGGCGGUUAUACCUUACGAAAUGUUGCAAAGCUGUGGGCCUACGAAACCAGUAUUCUAUGUGGUAAAAAACUGCUUUUGAACACGGUUAUUCCUGUUAUGGGAAUGCCCCUAAGUGGCUGCUUGUUCGAGGACUCGACUCAGUUGUUGGUUGCACAAGAUGAGGAAAAUAAACCGCUUGCCGGCGUCAAUGUUCAACGGGCUUUUAAAAUGAUCAUCGAACAAAUCGAUAAACAAUGCCCAAAUAUUAGUCCGCCUUGA